GAUCGCCGAUCGGUACUUGUUGACUAACUUUUUACUUUUUUACUAUUAUUAUUAUUAAGUUUGUUUUUGUUGUUCUUGUUAUCUUUUCUUAUGGUUUUUUUGGAGCUCCCACUCUUUUUAAUGCUUUUUUAUUUAUUGUCUUCAAGGUAGAAACCAAUAAUGGAUAUUAACAGUGAUCAACUGACUGUGGCAAUACGCUGUAAUAACUAUACCGAAGUUGCAAGUUUAUUAGACAAAGGCCUAGACGUCAACGGUGUAGAUUCCGAGGGAUAUAGACCUUUGCAUGAAGCUGUUAAACGCGGAUAUUUAGAUAUAGUGGAAUUGUUAUUGAAAAGAUCAGCCAACGUAAACUUGUCUACUUCACGGUUUCUAACUACGCCCCUACAUCUAGCAGCUAUAUUUGGUCAUCUGGAAGUGGUAAAAUUAUUGAUCACAUAUGGUGCAUCGUUAGAAACGAAAUGUGAUAUUGGUUUACCAGCAGACUAUAGGUCAGAAUUAAGUUAUGUUGAUCGUGACCACGCAAGUUAUAUUAUACAAAAUGCAUGGGACUUCGAUAUUCAGGGUAACUUUACAACACCUCUAACAUUAGCCGCGGAUUGUGGCAACACAGAAGUUGUCAAGUUAUUAAUAGAACGCGGAGCUGACGUGAAUAAAAGUAAUGAUGAUGGCUGUAAUGUUUUACAUAUAGCUUCCGGAUAUGGUGAUGUAGAAAUAGUUAGCCUCUUGCUUCAAAAAGAGUCAAACCUCGAGGCUAGAAUUAAUUUAUGUGGUAGUACUCCUUUACAUUUAGCCUUGGAUACUAAUAAACGUAUAGUUAUUGAUCUUUUAUUGCAUGCAGGAGCUGAUGUAAUGGCAAAAGACAGAAGUGGCCGAAGACCACUGGAUAUUGUCUGUGACAUUAUUAACAGUUUGGAGAGAGAAACUUACCUCAGAGAUAAUUUUUACGACGACGAAUUAUACUACUCAGCAAUAUAUGACAUGCACAGCUGUAAGUAUAAAGCGAAACGUUUAAUACAAUUUAUGUUGUUAGUUAGUAAGGAUAUAGAAAUAAAAAAACACGAAGACUGGGCAGGUGAUUUCGGAUUCGAGCGCGAAUCGACAUAUUAUACAUUCUGUCAUAAACAUAAAAGAAAAUAUCAAAAAAAUAUCAAACAAAUGGAAGCCUGUCUGAUAAAAAAUACCACAGUUUCGGUAUAUACCUUUCUGCAGGCCUUAUAUUAUAACAAAAAGAACCUCUUAACGUUCCUAUAUAACCAACAACUACGUCAAGAAGUUAAAAAUAUUGAUAAAUAUAUUAGUAAAUAUAAGGAGUAUUCAAGCAUUGCACCAAUGGUCAUGAAGAAAGUACAAGAGAGUGUAAGAAGAUUGGAUUUGCUGGAAGCGGCCUCUACUGCAAUGGAAAUAAUUGCCCCUAACCUAGUAUUGGAUUGUCGACGAAUAAUUUUAAAUUAUUUAAGUAAUGGCGAUCUUCACAGUCUCACAGAAUCUGUAAGUUUUCCAAAUUAUUGAUGUGACGGUUUCUCGUGAUUUUUGUUGUAUGUAUGUUUAAUUUCUGUUCGCGGUCUUAUGUAAGAUUCCUAUAAUUUCUUAUAAUUCCUAUAUUUUGAAAUACCUCAGAAAAUAUUUUGUUAAAAUAUAGUUAUAUAAGUAUUAUGUUAGGUUAACUUCCACUCUUUCAGUAGGUUUGUUCCAACACAACGAAAACCGUUAUGAAACGAUCACUAAACUGCGAGCAGAUAGCAAAAUAAUACGUUCCAUGGAUUAUUUUGUUUACUGCGCAGUUUCGUAAUCGUUUCCAUGACGGUUUUUCGUUGUGUUGGAAACCUAGAGUGUAUUCUUUUUAUAUCAAUAAAAUAUUUUGUAUACAUACUGUAA